AUGGGUAGUCAGACGGCCAAGAGAGUCUCUGCUAUCUCCAUCAGACUCGGGUCAAGCAAGUCUAAGGAAACUGUUCCAACUCUUGCUCCAAAAACACUUUCAGUAGCAGCAGCUUUUAAUGAAGAUGAAGAUAGUGAACCAGAGGAAAUGUUCCCAGAAGCAAAGAUGAGGAUGAAGAAUAUUGGAAGGGAUACACCAACCUCAGCUAGACCAAACUCCUUCAAUAAGGGGAAGCAUGGGUUUUCUGACAACCAGAAGCUGUGGGAAUGA